AUGGAACGUCUGUCUCUCAACGAGAGCCCUGCCAAUGCUCAGCAGCAGCCGCAGCAGGGUGCUCAGCAGAACCAUAAUGCGCUUGGACCAGCUGGCCAGGGUCCUACUCCUGGUCCCCCCCAGCUCCCACCUCAGAUGUUCACGACCGCCGCCCAGCUGUUGGACCUCACGGAUAAAAAGUUAGUCCUGGUUCUACGUGAUGGACGCAAGUUGAUUGGUGUUCUGCGUAGCUGGGAUCAAUUUGCAAACCUUGUUUUUCAGGACACCAUCGAACGGAUCUAUGCCGGGAACCUUUACGCUGAAAUUUCUCGAGGCAUCUUCAUUGUGCGAGGAGAAAAUGUGCUGUUGCUGGGUGAAGUUGACCUCGACCGUGAAGAUGAUCUCCCUCCCGGCAUUACCAAGGCGCCAUACGAUGAGGUCUGGGAGUUGAAGAAGCAGGAGGAUGACAAGCGCAAGACCUCCGACAAGAAGCGGGACCGUGAGUUGCAGACCAUGGGCUUUGAGCCUGAACAUAGCGGUGAGAUCUUGUUCUAG